UGUCAUUUUAAAAAAAUGAUGAACCCUAAUUCCUUGUGUAUUAUCUGCACUACUGGUUGCCGUAGUUGGUUUCUCCCGAGAGACGGAGAGGAAAAUAAGAGGGUGUCUGAAAACCUUGCAGCCAUGGUGAAUGUUCCAAAGACUAAGAAAACAUACUGCAAGAGCAAAGAGUGCAGAAAGCACACUGUUCACAAGGUAACCCAAUACAAAAAGGGGAAAGAUAGCUUAUCUGCUCAGGGGAAACGUCGAUAUGAUCGCAAACAAUCAGGUUAUGGUGGACAGACCAAACCUGUCUUCCACAAGAAGGCAAAAACCACUAAGAAGAUCGUCCUAAGGCUGCAAUGCCAGGGUUGCAAACAUGUCUCACAGCACGCAAUCAAGAGGUGCAAGCAUUUUGAGAUUGGUGGAGACAAGAAGGGAAAGGGCACUUCUCUCUUCUAAAAUGUGUCUUAUUCAAGGCAUUAUGGAUUCUCUGUUUUUUUUUAAUCUUGUUCUUCAGAAUUUCAUUGCUAUUCUAACAUAUACUUAAUAUUAGGUUGAAAAUAGUGUGUCUUCAAAUUCGUCCUGCAAGUUGGGUUGCCUGACUUGGAAGAAUUUCAACUACAUCUGCCUUGGGUUAGGGUUUGGGUCCAUAGCAAAUUUGACUUUCCAACCCAAGUUGCUCUCCCUAGCAUUGUUUACAGUUUUCUGCAAGACGUCUAGUUAAUCAAAUGCCUUAAUUGAUUGUUGAGUUUGUCAUUUUUCGAAGUGACAAUGUACUUUUUAACCUGGAUGUAUGUCUUUCCAUACGUACUCGAUUGCAAUUCUCUCCAACCACUUUUGCUCCAUUCUUCUACUGCCUUUA